AUGCUGUUCUCUCACUUCGGGCGCGCUGCUCUUGCUGCAGCCACGUUCACUACGCCUUCUCUCGCCCAAACCUCCAACCCACCCGAUCUGGGCCAGUCAACCUUCGUUGCCCCCGAAAACAAUGUCGCCUUCGGCUUCACGGUCCCCGAAAACAGCGGCGAGGAUGUCUUUGUCACCAUUCGAGCCCCCAUCGACCGCACCUGGGCCGCCAUUGGCAUCGGCCAAGACCGCAUGCCCGGCAGCUUGAUCUUCAUGAUCUAUCGCGACGAGACGGGCAACGGCGUCACCUUUUCGCCCCGCGUUGCAUACGGCAACUACGAACCCACAUAUUACGACCACAUGAAGUGGGAGGUUCUUCCCGGCACUGGUGUCUUCAACGGCUCCAUGUUCUUCAGCGCCCGCUGCACCGAUCACUGCAGGAGCUGGCCCGGCGGAUGGGUUGACGUAUCCAACGAGAACCAGAAAGCCAUCUACGCCGUCGGCCCCAAGGGCGGCUUCUUCUCCAACAAGAUGGACACGUCUGUCAAGUUCCACGAGGAGUUUGGUCGCUUCACAAUCAACAUGAAGCGCACCAUUGGCCCCGCCGAUGCCCCCGUUCUCAAAGCCGACUCUGUCAACGAAGGCACGAACCAGAUCUCUGCCAACGACGAACGGAGAGACUAUAAGUCCAUCUUCCACGCCAUCCUGAUGGUUGGCUCCUUGGUCUUCCUCAUUCCCUUCGGCGCCGUCCUCCUACGCUUCGGCAAUAUGGUCAGAUGGCAUGCUCUCAAUCAGGGCUUCGCUCUUCUCAUCGUUAUCGUGGGCUUCGUUCUCGGCGUCCUGUCCAGUUUUUGGUAUACUCGUGUAAGUCGCGGUCGUCCAUGUUACGACAGCUGGAAUGCUAAUGCGGUGGUGGGUCAGUCUCGCGGUUUCAAAUCUCCUCACCAGAUCAUCGGCUUCAUCGUCGUUGCUUUCCUGCUGGCACAAUUCGCCAUUGGUUUCUUGCACCAUCAGAAGUACAAGAAGACGCAUCAGUCGACACCGUACAAGACGGUCCACAUCUGGCUUGGCCGCAUCGUCAUCGCUCUCGGCACUUUCAAUGCCUUCCUUGGCUUCUCGUUUGCGCUUAACCGCAAGUAUAACUACUUCCUCGCGGCCUUCAUCAUCCUCAUGCUCCUCGUCUCGCUCUUCAUCACUUUCGGCGGCAAGUGGGUCCGGGGCCGGAUCCCUGCCAAGUUCGGCAGCCAGGCGCAGGGCGGCUACAACCCGGAGCCGUGGCGUCAGGUCCCCACGCAGGGCGGCUUUGCCUACGGCGGCGCUCCGCCGGCCUACCAGCCCCCCUCUCACCAGAGCCAGACGAUAGGCCUGACGAGCAUGGUGGCAGACCCAACGCAGCCGACCAAGGAGCGGAGUGGCAGCCGGGACUACCGCAACAACGACUUGGGCUCAACUCAACAGCCGCGGGAAAUGGUAUGA